AUGGACAUCUCCGUCGAAGAAAUCUCGAUUUUAAAGCCCAUUUUUGAUGGGAUAAGAGAUAAGGAUGAACCGUAUAAAAUUGUAUGGAUCCCAAUAGUGGAGCAUUGGACGGAUGACAUGCAAGCGAAGUUCGAGAUGUUGCAGUCCAAAAUGCCGUGGUACAUAUUGCAGGGUUUUCCAACAACAGUAGACAUUACGAAUGAAUAUUGCAGCUUAAAGAAUAAGCCUAUCGUCGUGGUGAUAAACCCACAAUGGGAGGUGGAGCAUCCAAAUGCUCUCCGCAUGAUUCGGCUAUUCGGAAUGAUGGCCUUCCCUUUCACGGCGGAAGCUGAAAAAGCGAUAAUGCCUGAAGGAUUGCGUCUUCAAUUUAGGGGAGUGAGAAUGCCAGAGAGUGGCCCGAGGCAGGUUGACAGGAAUUACACUUUCAACUAUGGAUUUUCCGUCUCCAGCAGCUUAAGGGAAAGAUUUACUACUGAGUUCAAUAAAGUUCGUGAUUAUAUAAAUUCAAAUGGGUUGAACAUUGUGAUAGAGGAUAAAUUUAUUGAACAAAAACUAGUGAAUGCGAAGCAACGGGAUCCCAAUGAAUUGUUACGUUCCUUCAAAAGUAACAGUGGAUGGGUUGUGCUUUGCAAAGGUACUCGUGGCGACAUAGUAGUCGGUGAUGAUGGGACAACAAUUUUGAAGGUCUUGGAAAAUUUUGAUUAUUGGAAAAAUUCUGUGAAUGAGUAUGGCUUCGAUGAAUGUUUCAAGGAUUGCUACCAAAAGCUUAAAGCUGGGCUCCUACCAUGA